GCUGAACACUUGUUGCUAAACUCUGACCAGAAGACCUCUCCCUUUCCUCUACACAUAUCGCCUUCGAUGAAUUCCCCCUCCAUCUCCUCCCUGUAUGCCUCCGCAUUCUUACCCAUGUUCUGGCCAACCUCGAAUGCUCCUUGGUUGCCUCCGUCUUACAACUCGCGAUGGCUUCCAAGCUCGACAGCUGUGGCGACCAGUAAACCAAUGCUCAAAUUAAACCAUCCUCUACCUCCCAAACCCCUCGUUAAUCACGGUCACGAUAGUCCCAGACUACGUCCUCCGAGAACUCCACAACGGCAGCUUUGUGAACAAAGUGAUUCUGAUCACUCCGAAGAUUCUUGUGUGGAAAGUCUACUCGAGCAACAGCAGUCCCAGCUACCUCCAGGCGUUAUCGAGCGCAAUGGCAUGUUCUACUUCCCAGUGCCCUCGACUUCACAUUCCCGUCACAAGCCGGGUGCGGGCCCCACAAAACCGUCCUCCACUUCGUCCGAUACCACCCAUUCCGACGCCGCUCAAUCUUCCUCGAGUAAAGAUGGCUCGGAACCCAAGUCGGACGAGGAAACGGUGCGGGACCUGCUACUGUUCAUCGACGCCGACGCCGCAUCCUCGGAAUCCACCGUCUUCCCUUUGUGCCUUGACGUGUCCAAUAUCUGGGAUAUGCCACCCGCUCGACAACGUUCAGAUAUAAUCCCGUCAGCUGGCCGCCUUCGUACGAAUAUCAACAGGGAGACAGUAGAAAGCGCCGUGGCUCCUCAAGUUUUCGACGCCGUCAUGAAGGUGCCUGAACCUCCGUCUCCUCCCCCGGAACCGUUGGUGCAGGUGGAGCAUGUUGAGCAUGUUGAGGUUCUGGAAGCCAAAGAGAAUAUUGAGACCAGCCAGACGCCUGCGACGCCGAGUACAGUUCCAAAGAAAACGAGAGGAAGGAAGUACAGGAAACCUAAACAGGCUGCCAAGGGCAAGGUUGUCGACGAGCAGAAGGCGACUCAGGCAGAGUCUGACCCUUCAAAAGCUCUGCCAGAAACCAAGGUUACGAAAUCCCCGAAGGGUGAGGCGAAGGCAUCGAAAGCAUCCGGCUCGAAGACGUCGCCAAAUCCGAAGAGGACGAGGGCGAGGGCGAAGGCUUCAAAGGCGAGGGAGCAGACAACAGCCAUCGAGACGGAGAAGACAGGCGCGAAAGAGGAGUCGGGCUCGAAGAAGGCGGAGACGAAGAAGGCAGAGGUGAAGAGGGCUCCCGAGGUGGAAAAGAUAGGUGAACCGAAGAAGGAGCAGGAGCCGAAGAAGCCCGCGAAUGCGAGGAAAACAACAGACCCCCAAGCGAGCACGGUAGCUUCUAAGCCUGCACCAAAGCGGAGGCCAAGGAGGACAGGGAGUAGGAGAACAAAGGGCGGAAAGGCGAAGCCUCAGACGGCGAAGACUGCUGAAUCUCCAAGCACUUGAACUUUGUGGUUGGCCCUCUACAAUAAAAUCUACAUGUACUUUAAAUUCAGCAUACUUGUACGAGUCUAUCCGUUUAUUUUGCGUGUACGAUUUGGUGUACAAAGUACAUAUAGGACUCAUAGGAUGAACCCGCUGUUCCUCGUAUUCUUGUAAUAUUUACUUAUUCUCUUUUCUUCUUCCUCCUGCUUUGGUUUUAAAUCGUGUAAUAUAUAGACACUGCAUGUACGCUACAAUUCAUACGUAGCUCCCAUGGUUCCC